AUGUGGAUCGCAGAGAUAAUCCCCUCGCAGGGCUUCUUGUCCGACAAUCUUGCCCCUCGGGCUGGGGCCUCUGUAAUGAUGGACGAUGCUGCCCUUUGGGUGGUCGAUGUUGCGGUGGUGGCCGUUGCUGCGAUGUGGGAAACUUUUGCUACGCCAGUGGCUGCUGUAGGAAUAGUGAAACGGGAUGUGAAGGGAAUUCAUGCUGCCCUGCGAACUACAGUUGUUGUUCAGGAGGAGGAUGUUGCCGACCAGGGACGUACUGUGCCGUCGCCAACGGUCGUCGCGGGUGUUGCCAAAAUGGCAAGAUCUGCACCUCUGGAGGCUCAGCCGGUGGUGGUGGUGGUGGUGGUGGUGGUGGCGGCGGCGGAGAUGUCACUACUACUCGUCAUACCAGGAUCAUCGAUUGUCGAUAUAACUGCCACUGAUCCACGGAUAACAUACCGGGGCAGUUGGCAGUCUGUAGCAUCAUCGUGCAAUUCUUCUUCGCAAUCAAGAAUGGCGACAGAACCUUUCUCGUCUUUCUCCUUGGAUUUCCAAGGCAACGCCGUCUAUCUGAGCCUCUCGUCGAACAAUGCUCGAUAUACUGUCACAGUCGGCGGACGGACGACGACCUUCGGGGGGUUCGAAAGCCUGGUCAUCCCCAGCAAUUGCUCCUUAAGCUUUGAACAGGCUGGAUUACCGACCCAGUCAAACACCAUUCAAGUUACUGUUAGCGGGUCCUCAUUAGACUCUUCCUUAGCUGAUGAUCAAUGGUCCUUUGCCUUGGACAAAAUUGUUGUUGCGUCGACAGACCCUGCUGUCACGAGCUCCGCCCGCGCCGCUCAAAGUACUGUGACUGGUCUUAGCGACAAUUCUGCUCCAGCACUCAAAUGGGCGUCCAUCCGCCUAGCCACCGGGGUCGCCGUCGUUUCAGUAUUCUUCCUGUUUUAG